AUCCCCUGUCGCUCAUUAGCUGAAAUCAGUCAUAAUUAUUGUUUACCUACGAGACACUUUUUUCUGAUUGAAAGAAAAAAACUGUUUUGAUGACGUGAUAUGUACUGUAGUUCUUGUAAUAGGGGUCGGGUUUGUCAUGUGCUGCAGCUUAAUCAUUUAAGAUUACAAGCUAUGUCAUUUUCAAGGUCUCCUCUCUCAGUGUCUUGCCGACGUGGUGGAUUUCCCCUACAGUUGGCAUGCACUGGACACUAUGUAUAUACUAUAUAGUACAAUGAGCGCCGGAAUCAGUGUUUUUGAACAACCGUAGAAAAUGUUGUACUUAGAAGUGAGUGAAUAAAGGCAACAGAUGUUUAUAUGCCUGCAACAUUAGAUUAGUAGCCUCGUGGGGGAAUCCCGUCGAUGUAGAAUGAUAAAUAUGCCUGUUGUUAAUCGUUCACCGGAUGGUAUUUAACAAAUGAGAUUUCAAAUAGAAAUUGUAUAUGAUUGUGCAUUUUUAGUUGAUUUGUUGAAUUUCAGCAAUGAAACGUAUCGUAGUAAUUAUAAUUUAUGUUACUCUUGUACGUAUUAACAUUAUUGAAGCAGGGUACUUUGAUCUAUUAACAAAUGCCGUUUCUGGAGUUUGGUGUCAAGCUUUCGAAUGCUGUGAUUCUACGUGGGAAAACGCCGACGUCUCACGUUUGGAUUAUGAACUGGCAGAAAAACUGUAUGGGCAACACAUAGCUCAUGACUUAAUUGUCAAUGCGAUAAGAAGUCAUGUGAAAGGUAAUAAUCAUAAACCUUUAGUGAUGAGCUUUCAUGGCUGGCCGGGCGGUGGGAAGAAUUAUGUUACAAAGUUUAUCAUGAAGAACUUAUUCAAGAAUGGCGAAACUGAUAAACAUGUGCACAUUUUUUCUGGGAAAGCUCAUUUUCCUUUAAUUGAAGAAGUUUAUUUAUACCAGCACCAACUGAAAACUUGGAUUAGAGGGAAUGUGAGCCGGUGUUCUACAUCAAUGUUCGUUUUUGAUGAAGUUGACAAAAUGCCACCUGGCGUUUUUGAUUCUAUGAAGCCUUAUCUUGACCAUCACGGAUGGUUUGAUCACGUUGAUUUUAGGAAUGCAAUUUUCAUAUUUCUGUCCAACACUGGAAGUAAUGUGAUUACUAGGACAAUGAUUGAGCUUUACAAAAAUGGGAGAAAACGUAAUGAUCUCAAAUUAAGUGAUUUUGAAAACCUAAUAGCCAGUGGUGCUUUCAAUGAAAAAGUCACCAGGGCUGUUGUCAUGCUAGUGAUGACUGAGAUUAAAAAAAGAGUGAAGGGUAACCUAACAGUCCUUUUCAAUCAGAUAGUGAGAGUGUCACUCACCUGCCGAUCUUCCUUCCCUGGACUGCAAAGGCGUCUGUCUUCUUCACUACCUUGCACAGGUGGCCUUCAUGGAAGUGAUACUAUUGCUGGCAAUGUGAUUGAUCAUUAUGUGCCAUUCCUCCCAUUAGAAGAGGAACAUGUAAAGAAAUGUGUCCGUGAUGCAUUUGAAAGCAAGACCUCUCAACUACCUUCGAACAGUGAUUUAGAAGAAGUUUUGGAAUACUUAACAUAUGGCCCAGAGGAAAUGAAAAUAUUUUCAAACUCUGGAUGUAAAAGAGUUUCACAGAAGGUUGCAACAGUUGUGGAAAAGAAGAGGUACCCUCCAAGACGUACAGAGCUUUGAAUUGUUUUUUCAGUAUUGAAUCUUUGAUCUUACCGUGUCUGAGCAUUUUAUGUCUUGUAUCAGAUUUUUAACCCACUAUAUAGCAAAAGUUGUUGUGAUGUGAACAAUUUACUGAAAGCAAUUUUUUAUGUUUAUUGUACAAUGUUUUAUAGGCAGUGUAAUUGUGUGUGUGUGUGUGUGUGUGUGUGUGUGUGUGUGUGUAGGGAGGAGAUGGGUUAACAGAUGUUUGUAUGCCAUGUUUUCCAAUACUUGAUUGGGUCCGUAAUUGAAACUCUUUUAUUUUCAUUGCUUGUUAUAGGCAUUGAAAGCUAACUGUGAUACUCCUUUUUAAUUUGUUGCACUAUUUUGUCUGUGAGUGGCUGAUGUAAAAAAAAAAAAGGGUGUAAAAUAUAUAAAAUAUAGCUUUGUUGCACAUUACAGCAUGAGACAAGUGCAGCUUAAAAACCUUAUACUGGUUUACCAUAGACAUUAUAAGACAGCAGAAAUGAGUGUUUGCAUAUUGUUUUGUAUGGAUUGUAUAAAUGUACUUCGAUAUGCACGCAUAAGUUAUUUGUGAAUGAAUACAGAAAGCGCAUAUUUAUAGAACAAUUGUAUAUGAGAAAUAUUUUCAGUGCAGUAAUCAUACUAAGGAUCUUGUGAUUAUAUCUGUAAGUGUACUUUGUUACGCAAUAAUGUAAAAAAAUAAAAGA